GCAUUUAAACUGUUUCUACUUUCAUUUCCAGCCACUCUCUGUCCAGCAUUGUGUGUGAGGAUUUUAACCACCACCACUGCUAAUUUUCCUGCAAAGCUAACAAGAGAAAAAUGGAUUUCCGUAACAUGUUUUUGGUCAUGAUUUUUCUGAGUUUUCUCUCCGACCUGCAGGUGUCUGGCUGUAAUUAUACCUGUCAAGAACAACCCAUAUUCACUCCUUCCAAAGUGGUAGUGAAGUACGGUGAUCCCAUCUAUGCCACAUGUACAAUGUGUAGGAGCUGCUCUUCUCCCACAUUAGAUUUGGAGUACAAUGUGGGAAAGAAAGAACGAAAUGGAUUUGAGAUUUCAUGGAUAGUUGAUAAAAUAACUGAAUGGCGCCCAUCUCCUACUUGUUAUUACAGCACUAUUAACGGUGUCCAGUGUUGUAAAGAUCUGGAUGUCAUUGUCUACAAGCUUCCUCAUAAUGUGUCCAUCGGCUUUGUAAAUCACACUGGACCAAUAAAAAAGAAUGACCUGCACACACUGCGGUGUGAUGUACUGGAUGUUGCCCCUGUUAACAACCUCAUUGUGACCUUCUACAAAGGACAGACAGCAUUGGUUCAGCUGAAAUCCACUGAUAACAAACCAGAACCAACAAAUGCCGACUUCACUCUGAAGUUUAACUUUACUAAAGCAGAUAAUGGAGCAGAGUUCUGGUGUGAGGCCAAACUGGAAAUGGGACCUGAAGGACCACAGCCUCCUCCAGUGGUGAAGUCAGGAAAACUCACUGCUACGGUCCACUGUCCAGAGUUACAUUCCUCUACAUGCAGUGGAGCAGAUGAACCACACAAUGAUGCCACCAGCAUCUUUAACCAACAGGUUCACAAGUUCAUAAUGUGUUUCAUGCUUCUGGUGUCAGAGAAGUUUAUCAUGUCUGAUGUUUUAUUACAGAACCAUGUCCUGUGAUCACAAAUGAUGACAGAAAAUGUUUGUACAUGUUUUUUCCUAAACUGCUUACAUGUAAAGUCAGUAUGAUUAAUGUAAUAGAAAAUUACACUUAGUAUAAGUUCAUAUAAGUCCAUAUCUUUAUUUCAGAGUAUAUGUUGCUGUGCUUAUGACAUUUGGAAAAAGUUUGUGUUUGUGUAAAGAGUGAUUUUGAAAGUUGUUUUUGUCACUGCAAGCUGAAAAUUGCAGAAGUAUGAAACAUCUUUUAAUAGACCUGUUUUUGCACGUCUCUUAUGUGGGUUAUUUUCACCGUAUGCAAAUGGCUGGGUGGACCAGUUUGAACCAAACUGCCAAUAGUGUCCUCACUCAACUUUACUUGCGCAGAAGUGAUAAAGGUCAACUUUAUCCUGUCUUGCUUAACCACACCCUGUCUGCCUGCAUGCAACCAGGGCUUUAACUAUCUGUGUCUUAGAGUGUGACUUCAGACUCGCCCAGCCAAAGCUGUUAAUUAUACAUCCUUGCUAUAUUCUCAUCCAGUGUGUGAUCCUUUGAAAUUUCCACGACAUUAACUUGCUAAAUAUUUUUAAAAUGCUUCAUUUUCAAUUUGAUAUUUAACUACUAAAUCGCAUCAGUCCUGAAAGUGAGAAAAACUAUUUAUUUCUUCUCUGUAACAUGAACAUACUGUAACAACUGUCAACGUCUCCAAACCAGAGGUAGUUCAGCAUGUUGACUUUCACAGUGUUCACUCAUUUAAUUUAGUUUGUUAAUAUUUUCAACACAAAGUCUCCUUAAGGCUGAUGAGAAUGACAUUUAUUACACAAGUGUCACUAAGAGUUGUAGACAGCUUGUUAAGUUGCUGUCUGAAGUCUUGUUCAACUCACACUUUUGAACUUUUCAUUGGCUGCAUCAAAGUAGAUGCAUGUCCUUUGCAAUAUGUGCAUAUAUAUCAAGACCUUCAUGCAGUAACUUUUCCAUUUAUGGCUAUGUACAUUACAGUUAACUGAAACAAAAUUCGACUGUAAAUUAAUUUAGCUUUCUUUAAACAAAAUCACACAGUAUUCAAUGUGCAUCAAAAUUUCCUGGAACUGCUUGUAGAGCAAACUGAAGCUUCCACUUCAUGAGACCUGCAAGUUUUGAAGAAGGAAUUUGAAGAACCUGAAAUACCCCACAAAAACACAGAAGCCAUGAUUUUGUUCCUGUGGAUCUUUCUUCUAGUAGAUCAUUAAUAUAAAAAUAGUACAAAACAGCAACAUCCAGUUUACCAUGGGUUAAAUAUGGAGCUGGAUCCACCUGAUUUACAUUAUUGUGGUUUCUCAAAAAAUUAAAGUUGUUUAAACAUGAACUCCACUGACCUUUUUAGGAUUGUGGCUAAUGGUUGCUUUCUUUUGACCUUGCUUGUACUUUGGUAGCUAAAGGAGAGAGACAGAGAGUGAGAGAGAGAGACUUGGGAUGUAUAACUAAGAAAACUUGGGUUAAAGAUCCUAAACCAUCAUUGUUUGCUCGCUCUGUGCAUCAGAGAAGAAGUGAAACAACGGUGAACAUUGAAGAACCAGACACAGUGUUUUAUGAGCCCACCAUCAGCUGCUGCCUGCGACUCUGUCGGGUGUUGCCCAACGAGCGACACUGGAACGAUUGGGUGCCCUGAACAUCUUCCUCAUGCUCACUGUUCUCCACCUGGUGUUAUUGUUUUUAAGUUUAAGCACCAAACAGUGAAAAGAAAAGAUGUGGCAACAAUCAGACCCAUGAAGCAUGAACAAGGCAACCUUACAAACAUGUCAUAAGAUUGUUUCUAUGUUAUUUUUUUCUUAAGUUUUCCUUUUUUUGGUUGAAAAUGUUUUGUGUUUUACUUUUACAAAAGAGUAUUAGGGCCACUAAAAAAAGAAUUCUGACUUUUUUCCACAGAAUUUUGACUUUAAUCUCAUAAUUCUGAGAUUAAAGUCAGAAUUUUGACUUUUUCUCAGAAUUCACAUUGUUCCCUCAGUGGUCCUAAUACUCUUCCAUAUAUUUUUUUACUUUCUAACAUCAAAUUUUAAAUAAAGUACAUUCUUGACUUUUGCAUUAAACUGAUGUGGACAAUUUUGAUAAAAUUGUGGCAAACACUGAGUAAUUAUGAGAAUAAUGUCAGGAAAUGGAUGAAGAUCCUCUGGAAGUCAAGUAACACCCUGUGUUGCAAUUUCUUCUUUGUCUAUGAGCGGGAGGGUGUGCAGGUUGUACUGCCAACAUUGUUCUACUUGGAAAAAAAAAAGAUAAAGGAAAAACAUGUACAGCUACCUUCAAA